CCAGACCGGAGGACAGGCUGUGAUAUCUCAACGACACUGAAACCCGGAGGAAUAACUGAUAAAAAUCAAGAAGAAAUAGAAAAAAAACGAAAGAUAAAGAAAAUAGACGGAGGGAGGGAUGGAGCCGGUGGGCUCGUUUCUUCCCGGUAAAUCCGGGAGCUCGCACUUUGAUCCGGUGGUCUUUGUCAAACAGCCGCGGACCAUCCUCAGACUACUCUGCUGGGUAUUCUCUAUAGUAGUGUUUGCCUGUAUAGUGAAUGAAGGCUACAUGAACAUCGGCAGCGAGCGGUUGCUAUGCGUCUUCAAUAAGAACGCUGAUGCCUGUAACUAUGGCGUUACCGUGGGCGUGGCCUGUUUCCUAGGCAGCAUCUGCUUCCUGGCUCUAGACAUCUACUUCCCCACCAUCCACAGUGUCCGGCUCAGGAGGAGAGCGGCUCUCAUCGACAUGGCCUUCUCUGCCCUGGCCAGCUUCCUGUGGUUGGUGGGUUUCUGUUUCCUGGCCAAUCAGUGGCAGCAGACGACAGAAGACGAGCUCCCAUUGGCUCAAGGCUCCGACGCCGCCAGGGCCGCUAUCGCCUUCUGCUUCUUCUCCAUCCUCACCUGGGCUGGCCUGACGGCGCUUGCUCUCCAGACGUUCAUCAACCUGUUCCAAAACUUCAGCCUCUUCACCGAUCAGCCCGACAACAACACCGGUUACCUCGACAACGCCCGCAGAACGCCCGUCGCCAACGGAGUCACCGUAGUAACCACCAACCCCUACCAGCAGGCCCCUCCCUUCAGCGAAACUCUGAGUCUGGACCCUUCCACCCUCACACCUGCUCCUGUCUUCUAGAGGAGAGAGAGAAGAGAUGGAUGGAGAGAGAGAUGGAGAGAUGUAGGAGAGA